GGGGACAGGAAUGAUUCGAGGCUGGUUUCAUAGCUGGAUUAAUCAUCUUUGUUCUGACCUACAACGCCUCUAUCUAUAGGCUGCCACCCACCGGGCAGUACGCACUGUUGUCCAGCGUCUCUCGGAGAGACCGACGCGGUGAGAAGACAGAGAGAGAGGUCAGACAAAGUCACUUCUGUGGUUGAAAAGGGGUGGACGACCAUCUGCCAAGAUUCUCUGAUUCUGCAGGGGUUUUUUCUAUCCAAAUUUUGUACUCUUAUUGUUUAAUAUCUUACCUUGAGGCGGAUAAUAAACCGGCCAACAACAAAAAGGAUUAUUAUCUUACAACCAAGUGCGGAUCAAAUGUGAGUGAGGGAGAUGCGAUGUUGGUGCAGGAAUGACAGCUGCUGAAUGGGAGAGCAAAUAGCAUCUAUAGGGGAGCUUACGUGGAGACCGGCUGAGUAGCCCAACACGACGACCGUGCCCGGUUUUACCGAGCUCACAGAGCGUUUCCUCACUCUUCACAUGCCUUAUAUCUACUCUGGACACUGCUUCCAAGAGAUAUCCCCAACGGUUGGGUGUUUCCUUUAAAUAACCGAUUACUGAGUUUCAACGAAAACGUUGGAGCUCAUGUGGAGACCGAAUGGGCGCACAACGCGGCGGCGCGCCGGUUUAACGGCGUUUUUAUCCACGCUCACAGUUCUACCCCAGUGAAUCAGCGGUGGACUCCGGAUUGCCGUAGGUUAUCGGCUGCCACCGGUCGCGCAGGCCUACCCGCAACGGGCUUUUGAUGCAAACUCAAAGGGAACUAACCGAAACGCAUCGCUUGCCCCGCCACCACUCUAGGAGCCCCGCAGCGCGGCCAGCGUUGCGCGGUGCGAGACCACAGGUUCAAAAAGUGGAUAUGAUUUCUUAUUUGGUUUGAAAAAUUGUCUGACCAGGAGGAGGAUUAUUUAACAUAAGAUUUGCGGAGCGGAGUUCUUCCCCUGGCUUUACCAGAGGGGGAGAUAACCGGAGGAGAAACAGCCUUUACCGGAGAGGAGGAGAGGGAGACGCGCAGAUCUUUGGAUCCAUCUCCCGAGGCCAUCUUUUCUCUUUUCAGUCAAUCUACCAGUCGUCACAAUGCAUCUUCAUGUUGAGUCUUAAUAAAUCACAGCACACCAUAUAGAGUUGCCCUGUUCCCUGUGCAGGAUAAUGGAACGGCUGUGGUUCUCUUUGCUGUUGCUGGCAGCAGCAUGCAGGGGCCAGCCGUGUCCGAAACGCUGUAUGUGCCAGAGCCUUUCUCCAUCGCUCGCUAUUCUCUGCUCCAAGACAGGCUUGCUGUUUGUUCCUGCUGCCAUUGACCGGCGCACCGUGGAGCUACGGCUCCAAGAAAACUUCAUUACAGCUGUCCGAAGAAGGGACUUUGCCAACAUGACCAGCCUGCUACAUCUAACCCUUUCCAGAAACACCAUCAGUCAGAUUCUCCCUUCAGCCUUCUGUGACCUGCGGCGACUGAGAGCACUUCAUCUAGACUCUAAUAGAUUAACUGUGAUAAAGGACGACCAUUUCAAAGGCCUGACCAACCUUCGCCACUUGAUCCUUGCCAGCAACCAGCUCCACUCCAUAUCUCCCCAUGCCUUUGAUGACUUCCUAUCCACACUGGAGGAUCUCGACCUUAGCUACAACAACCUUGCCCAAGUGCCUUGGGACACGAUCGAGCGCCUAACCAACGUCAAUACCCUAAAUAUGGAUCAUAACCUUAUAGAAAAUGUUCCCCAAGGGGUAUUCACCAACCUACACAAGUUGGCCAGGCUAGACAUGACGUCUAACAAGCUGAAGAAAAUUCCCCCGGACCCAUUGUUCCUGAGAAUCCCAGUUUAUGCCAAGUCCAAAGGCUCCCCCCUCACCUCCCUGGUGUUGAGUUUUGGUGGCAACCCCCUUCACUGUAAUUGUGAACUUCUAUGGUUGAGAAGACUGACCAGAGAAGACGAUCUUGAGACAUGCGCCUCUCCUGCUGACCUCAGUGCCAAGUACUUCUGGACAAUACCUGAAGAGGAGUUCAUUUGUGACCAACCAGUUCUGACCCGUAAGUCACCUCAUACAGUGGCUAUGGAAGGCCAGCCUGCCAGCCUGAAGUGCAAGGCAAAUGGCGACCCAGAGCCUGAAGUCCACUGGAUCAGCCCUGAAGGGCGACUUAUAUCUAAUAGCUCCAGAACUUUGGUUUUCUCUAAUGGAAGCCUGGAGAUCAACGUAACAUCCCUGAAGGAUUCAGGUAACUUCACCUGCAUUGCCUCCAACGCAGCAGGUGAAUCCACAGGAAGGGUGGAGCUAGUUGUUACGGUGAUGCCCCAUCUGGCGAACAGCACAAGCCGCAGCCGAGACCCGUCAUCUGAACCUGCCCCCUCUGACAUCCUAACCUCCUCUAAGGUUGCCCUGCCGAACAACGAGACCAGAGGGGCAGACCGGAGGGUCUCACUGGUGGAAUUGACAGGGAACUCGGCCCUCAUUAGAUGGAGCAGUCAGACUUCUUCAACCGGAGUCAGGAUGUUCCAGGUCCAGUACAACAGCUCUGGGGAUGACACACUGGUUUACAGGAUGAUUCCAUCCAGCAGCAAUGACUUCCUGGUUCGGGAUCUCGCCGCUGGACGCAACUACGAUCUUUGUGUCCUAGCCGUGUUCGAUGAUGUCGUCACAUCACUGACUGCAACUCGUCCUUUGGGCUGUCUGUCAUUCACUACGGACACGGAGUUCAGCCAGUGCCAGGCAUUGCACAGCCACUUCCUGGGUGGCACCAUGAUUAUCAUCAUCGGAGGGAUUAUUGUUGCUUCUGUGUUGGUUUUUAUAAUCAUCUUGAUGAUACGAUACAAGGUUUACAGCCAACAAGGGGCAGUCCACGGAAAAGCAGCCAUUGCAGCGACAGCGCCAAGACCGCAGAGCAACGGGCAAGGAGGAGGCGGCGGACAGGUCCAAGUCCUCCCUCACUCUGCCUCAAAAAUGCCCGACAGUCAGGAGGACCAAGCGCUAUCACCGUCCAGGGCUAUGUCGCCUAGCAACACUCUGAGAGACACUGUGGCAUUGGUAGAGGAGGCGUGUGGUGGACGGAGCAUAAUGACAAGGACUGACUCCUUGGCCAACGACGAGUUGCUCUCGCCCACCAAGUCCCGCUUCUCCUCCAGGGUCGCCAUUGAGAUGAAAAGCAGACCACCAUCUGUCGCCAAAGAACCCACCUCCCCCAAGGAACUGGCAGGUAGUGGAGCGACAGACAGGGACAUAGAGGAGGAAAGCAGUAGAGCAAGGGGGCAUUUCAAAGAGGUGGAAAGAAAGACAAAAGGAAGUUGAUAGAGAAAGAACGGGGAAGAAGGGAAAGCCAUAAAAUACAGUCCUACAGAAAGAGAUGGAGAAUGAGAAAUAGACAAUGUGUAAUUGGGGGUUUGAAAUUGAGCAUGAUUAUAACAGAGUGUGGAACAGUGAGAAACUGAGUGAGUGUGAAGGAGAGAAUGAAGAGAGAUGCCAUCCCAGCACUGGGAAGAUAGUAAGAGAGACAGAGGGGGAAACACUUGUUCUCUAUGUAGAGCUGAAGUAGCAUCUGAAGUCAGAGUAAACUCUCUACGGUUGUUGGUACCUCAGAUCGCUCAUCUCUUGCUCAGCAAAAUAAUUGUAUUCUUUAUUUUCCACAUAAAACUAAAAAGUCCCUCAUACAGUGUAGUGGAAUUAACCUAAAACCUCACUUCCUCCAAGCUCAUUGAUUUUCUGUUUUCUGCUCUUGCCAAUUACCAACCUUGAUUUCUGAACAAUGGAGGAUAUUUUACAAGGUAGAUAACUCAAAAAGCCUAAAAGCUGUUAAGGAGAAACUAGUGAGUUUACCUUGUUUGCCAAAAGUGAUAUACCGUAUGUACCUGAUGCUGUGACCUUUGUGCAAGAAACUGCACUUCUUGGGCCUUUGCUCAUGCUGAAAUCUUGAGAACGCUUUGUGGUUUGGAAUCAGAGGAGAGAGGGAUUUGGUGAUGCAAGCAUCCCAGCUAACAUUAUUAGUGUUUGUUGUGUGUCCUCUUUUCAGGUGCUACAAACUGUUAGACUAAGCACCCUGAGAAGGCUUGUUUGCAUUGAAAUUGACACAACCAGAGCUGUUGAGAGUAAAAAAGAAUGUUGCUUCAGUACAGAAAAGAAGGCUAUUGAAGGUUGCCUAAAGUUCAAUACCAAACCCCUUUAUAAAAAAUAUCGUUAUGAGGAAGUUAAACAUUUGCAAUUUUUGAAAACUGGAUUUGUCUUUUUAGCUAUCACAUCUGUGUGCAUACAUUGUGUAAAAGACGCUAUUACGUCUUUAAAGGGGCUGAUAUGCUCUCAUUAGUGUCUAUGCUGUGAAUAUUCUGUUUUCAAUUAUUCGUUACCCGAUAAAAGACAUUUUUCUGACACUCUCUUCACAAACAACAUUUAAUACAGCAUAUGAAUGUUCAGAUAGAUGCAUACACUCACAGUUCAGAUUUUGCCCCCUAGAGUGUUCUCUUUGUUCCUCAACGAUAAAGGAUGCUAAAAUACGUAGAAGAAGAAAAAACAUCAGAAAAAGGCUUUUAUGAUUUGCUAUACAGUAAGAAGACUGGAAGACCUUGGACAGCAGAGCCAAGAUUUGUGAUGAAAACUCUCUGACACCUAGACAUUAAACAAAUCCAUGACUGUGCUGGAACAUAAAACUACUUUCUGAAGAUUUUCCAGCCUUAAAACUAUUAGUACUAGUUAAACUUCAGGCUACCAUUCACUGUCACCUGAUGUCCCGCCUCUUGUCUGCCCGUGGAUUGACCUCUUGUGCCAGCUUGACUAAAGUAUUUUUAGUUUCCACAGUAGUUGCUCCUGCCUUACUGACAGGAAAUAGCUGUCAGUUGGUUGACAGUAGGUGAGAAACAGAAAGGUACACAGACAAUUUUUUCUCAACUGAAAUUGUAAUAAUUCAUUUAGGUUUGUUGUUGUGUAUUCACAGUAUUAUCUAAGUAGUGCAAAAACCCAUGACGGUAAAAGCGUGAUAAUAAUAGGAUGGUAUACUCUUUCCUUAACAUGCGAUGUACUGAUGGAAAAAUGAUUUUUAUGUAACUUUUGUCUCAUUGCCAGCAAAGGCUAUUCGAUAAAACCGUCUUAUUAUGUAAUCAGGCCCCAAGUCUCUUGAUUCAAUCUUUUGAAGUGCCUUGAUCACAAAGAUGGCUUAAAAUGCUCAAUAGAGCUACAAUAAUAAUAAUAAUAAUAAUAAUAAUAAUAAUAAUAGUAAAAUAAUCCAACAGAGCAUGAGAAUAUUAUUUCCGGGUAGAUUUUUAAUGUGCUAAACCCACUUCAGUGCGCUUCUCCUUUAACACUAAUCCACUCAGGAAAUGGAGGUUUCAUUAGAACGAAUAAAUGGAGACACCAUUUCACAUGAGUGGCUUAAACAGCUGAGUUGAACUUCUUUAUCAGCGACUGAUAUGUCAAUUCAAUUGGCCUCUUUGUAUGGGUUGAAAUGAGGUGUCAUUGAGCCUCACGUUGAUAGCGGGAAAGAGACGAGAGAUCUGUGCAGCGGCUUAGCAAACGAGUUCAGGGACGGUUUUCACCUUUGUGGACUCUGAUAGAUCUUAGUUAGUCGGACAUUUUUCACAAAUUAAGUGAGCUCACAUCACAGUCUAUAAUGAUAUUAUGAAAGAAGAGUUGUGGAGAUUUUUGAUGGUGUCAAGAGGUUGUUCUCAUUAAUAGGCUACUGGAUAAAAAAACAUCAUAGGAACAAGUUGUUUUCUAGUUGUUUUUCUCACAUCUGAAGCUAUGAGGGGGAAAGUUUGUUGUUCAGAAGGUUGAAGGCCAACUAGGAGUUACAAAGGAGCGCAGUCGAGGAGUGCUCAUUUGGGCUGUCACAGGAGAUAAUUUUGCAAACUGGGAUCAAGGAAUUAGCAUGGAUGAUUCUUUCUUGUAGCAAUGAGUUGCCACCAAAUGUGCAAAGUCAAAGGUUCCCCCUAUAGGCCUAAUUAACACUGACUGAAGUGUGUCACUCAAAGAAGCUUCCAAAGAUCAUCCCAGACUGCAACGACGCAGACAAACAAAGCAAUUAUUAAAGUUUUCAUUUUGACGCUUCACCCAGGAGGAGAAAGUUACCGCUGGCCUUUUGUGUUCCGUGUUUCCUCUCUUUGAUUCCAGGAUCGCUGGCACUUUGAGGGCAACCUACAAUGAGGGAUGAUACACAUAUGUGUGUACGGAAGCUGUUGGGGUUUCUCAGGGUGUAGCCGUGUCUGAUGUGUUUCACUGGUUGCUGCAUUGCAGAGAAAGACAACAUUGAUCUGAUCAGAGAGAGAACCGCAGUGAGUCAGAGCGCCUGAGGAACAGAGCAGCUGACAGAUACACAGAGAGGCCCCAUUAAAGGCCCACGGUUGUCAGAUAUGUAACCCAACAUGAAAAAAUAGGCACAUUGUGGGUGAUAGUUCUUGUGUUUGUUUGCUUUUCAUAGACUGCUUUGUUCACAUUCAUAUGUGAACUGGAUACAUCAUUUUGAAUUUGGUAAAUCUUGUUUUGAGAAGUGCUUAUAGGAUUAUGUUUCCUUUUUUUGAACGGAAAACAGCUUUCAUGAUAAUUGGGGUUUGCUAUAGAUAAAAACAAAUAUUAACCUACCAGAGACUCAUUUUGAAAGAGUUUGUUCUUUUGUGAUGUACCCACUGGUGCAAGAGAUAAUAAUAAUAAAUAAUGUAAGAAACUGAAGACAAAGUUGAUAUUCCUCACUCUGUAAAGAUGCAUUUUAAAGUUUAAUUUAAGUUAAUAUCAAUUUUCAGAGGUCUAAGUCUUUAGUGCCAGUCUUUUAAGUGCAAAAUUCUGUAUUUGUUUUACUUUCUAUUGUAUCCCCCUGCCAUGGCUCAGAAAGGAGGCAGAGGGAAUACCCUGGUCGUCCUAAUUCUUCAAUAACUCUGGGAGAUACUCAAUAUAUCUGUCUCACCUCAUCAUUUCUGCUGAGCCUUUAAAUGCAUUUGUUUGCACCAAAGGACUGAGGAUUUCGUCCGUCAUCCUUUAGAGUAUAGUUAUACCGGGAGGGAAUCAGGCAUGAACACAGCAACAGAUAUCCUGUACAUGUGGUUAUGUUUUUAUUGUAUUUUACAUAAAAAUCUGAACCUAUCCCUCAGUUAGAAAAAUAAAUCAAUGAACAAAUAGACAGUAUGGAACAUUUUGACAAUCAGAGAUUCACCUUGGAGUUCUAGCUCUAGCUUGUGGCAUGAUGCCGCAUGUGGAGUCAGCAUCAGAAGUAUCUCUUUAACCUGAAUACUAAGUGGGCAAUUUUCUAUCAAGAUUAUCAAUAAUUAUAUGCUUGACACAAACAUUUUAUGAUUAUUUCAAGCAAAGUGCUAUUAGUAUAAAAACAGGCAUUGAAUGUGUGUGUUUGUGUGUGAAAUAUAUUAACAACAUUUUGGGGACAAAAAUGAUGUUUCCUCAAGGUAAACCAUUCAUUUUAAGGGGUUAAGACAUGUACCUAAAUGGAAGUCAAUAUAAUGUCCUCACAGGGAUGAAAACAAGUGUGAUGAAUGUGUGUGUGUGUGUUUGUGUGUGUGUGUGUGUGUGUGUGUGUGUGUGUGUAUGUAAGCUUGGCUACCAAAUCCCUGCCGGUCUGUGCAUGCAUUGGUGUGUUGUGCACAAGGUUUAAGGUUUAACCGCCUUGAGCCAGUGUAAAUGUUCCCACGAGGUUAGGCCAGAUAGUGAAAAAGCCGAGGACAACACGGGGAUGUGUGUGACUCUGUGAGAAGUGCAAGAAUGUGUUCUCCCCAUGGCCCAUCCAUGACCCUGUAGCCUGUCUGUCCUCCAUGUAUUUUAAUCUAUCACCACUCCUUUCAGUGUCAUCCCGUAUGCCCGGCCUCAUUUUUCACUGCCAUCUGUCUCUCUAAAUUCAUCUCUCGCAAUACCCCCCCAUAUCUCUCUCUCCCCCCUCACAAAGUGUUUCUCAAGCUCUCUCUGUCACUUUCUCUGGUCUUUCUUCUCAACCAGCUUUUUGACUAUCCUGACAUUUUUGCUUACUUUCUUUGCUGUUUUGCUCCGUCGACAUAUGUGUUUUCCUCAGAUUUUCACUGUUGUUCUCAAUGUCUUUCUCUCACUCUUUUGCCUUCUCUCUCUCUCUCUGUCUCUCUCUCUGUCUCUCUCUCUCUCU